AUGCCUGCCAAUUCAGCGCCCGCGGGCCAAGCGGUCGAUAGCAAAUCGAAGAAGAAGAACAAGAAGAAGGGCGGAAAGGCUGGAGCGCAAAGUGAAAAGAGCGAGAAUACUGGCGCAAUCAAUGCAGAUUCUGAGAAGGAUGGGCGGCAUGAAGAACAAGCUGACAUGGAACCUGACCAUGCUACAAUGAACGGAUCGCAAGAGGCAGAGUCGACCACCUCAAUCACAGAGAGCCUCCAAGAUCUCUCCACUGAAGACCAAGGAUCACGCUUAAAUAAAAAGCAACCGUCUCAAAACAAGCAGAUCAACCCUAAAAAGAACGAAGAUGACGAUGGAGGCGCCGAUGAUAGAUUCAGUGUUCUCGUGAGGGACCGGGAUUCCCUUCGUGAAGAAGUAAUCGAGAUGCGUCGUUCCCUCGAAGAAAUACAGAGUAAACAUGACGAGGAGAUGGAAACUAUACAAGAGAGGCUUCGGGUCUCAGAAAGCCAGAAAGAACAGGCAGAAUCGCAGUUCCACAGCCUGUUAGGGAGGGUGAACACAAUUAAAUCUCAACUGGGUGAGAGGCUAAAAGCCGAUGCCGAAGAACUGACUCAAAAGAAAACACAGAUUGAAGAAUAUGAGAGUGCAAAUGCUGCUUUAAAAGCCGAGCUGGAGGUAAAAUCUACGCAUAUAUCUUCUUUGGAACGCGACCGCGAACAACAGUCGAAAGAGCUCUCUAGUCUGCGAAAUAGAAUAAACCUUACUCAGCAGAAUUGGGUCAAAGAGAGGGAGGAAUUACUGGCGCAGGAGUCAGAAUUGCGAACAGAAUUUGAAGAAGCUAAGCAGGCAAUGCAUAGCUGGGAAAUAAUCGCCAUGGAGGAACGAUCCAUUCGAGAAAGUCUUGGAGAAAAAGUAAUAGACCUAGAUGAGCAGCUAUCGACGCUUAAAACAGACUACGACAAAGUGACUUCUGAUUACAACUCUCAAGGGGUGGCUGUUGAAGGACUUCAGAAGGCAUUAAGGGAAAUCCAAAGUGCCCGAAAACAAGAAUUAAGGGAGCUGGUCGAGAGUACCAAUGCACAAGUGGAAGAGGUUCGGAAGAAACUAGAAGAUGCUGAGAAGCGUGCUGCUCAAGCGAAUGCUGCACUAGAGGAGACUCAAAAGAAUCUUGAACGAGCACUUCCGUUUGAGAAAGAGGUUAAGGAGAAGAACCUGCUCAUAGGCAAACUCCGGCACGAAGCUGUUACCUUGAACGAGCACCUAACGAAGGCUCUACGCUUCCUGAAAAAAGGGAAGCCGGAAGAUAAUGUGGAUAGGAACCUUGUUACGAACCACUUCUUACACUUCCUCUCACUCGACCGAUCCGAUCCGAAGAAGUUCCAGAUAUUGCAGCUUAUAGCUGCUCUUUUAGCAUGGGAUGACGAACAACGAGAGCAAGCUGGUCUUGCUCGCCCCGGUGCCUCGGGGGCAUAUAACAACCUCAGGGCUCCGCGAUCUCCAUCCGUGUUCAAGACUCCUAGUUCGCCUUCUCUAGCAACUGGGUAUUUUGGCAGUAACACAGACACCCGAAAAGAGUCAUUGGCAGAGCUGUGGUCGAACUUCCUUGAGCAGGAAGCCCAAACAGAGGGAAAGCUACCUCAACCUGGAACUGAAAGCCCCUUAGACAAGAUGGCAUCAUGA